CGCUGUCUUCAGUAUGACCGCCAAGGCAUAAACCAAAAGCUCUCUUCUGACACAUUGUUUAUGAUGAAACAGUUUAUCUUGGCACAACUGAAGAAUUUCGGUGUUGGUCGAAUGGUGGUGAAAAACGAAUGGUUGCGACGAUGGCCUACGCAGCCGAGUUACUGCGUGAUACGCAAAGUGGAGCCGGAAAUGGACAGGUGGCUGUGCCGAGGGAAGAUGUGGGGUGAUUUCGUUUACCGCGGAAGGUUCAUCGGCUUAGUGGAGUUCGUGAAAGAUUUCAACCGUUCUGACUGGAGACUUAUUCACAAGCACGAAGAAGAGGCGUUGAGAAAGUGCGACCAUCCGUUCAAGUAUCGGUUAUUACCCGCUCAUAUUCCACUACCCCCGUUGGAACAAUUUAUGCUUAAGGUACUCUUUCAAUCUCAUUGUGUUUUUCUUUGUAGAAGAAACUUAUGGCUUAUGAAUUUAGACCGUUUCUGUAUUAUUCUAAGAUGUAACUUAGUUUCAUACCAUUAA